AUGAACAAAGCUUUAACAGUAACAGCAGUGGUUGCUACAGUAUUUGCGGGAUACGCCGUAUACUUUGAUUACCAACGUAGAAAUUCAAGGGAGUUCAGAAAAUCAUUAAAGAAGAAAGCCGUUAAACAGCAAAAGAUCAAGGAGAAGGUUGAAAAGGAGACCAAAGAACUUAAAUUGGAAACCGUCAAGAAAGCACUUUUGGAAGAUUUGAGAGCUAAUCCAAUUCCCACUGAUUUGAAUGAAAGAGAAGCAUUUUUCAUGGAACAAGUGGCAACAGGUGAGCAAAAAGCUAAGGAUAACGCCACAGACGCUGCCAUUUGCUUCUACAAGGCAUUAGCCGUAUACCCUAAUCCAACUGAUAUCUUGGGAGUAUAUCAAAAGACCGUACCAGAAGAAGUUUACGAAUUAGUUGUUAUGAUGAUUGCUGUAUAUCCACCUGCAUCGGUAUCAAGCAUCUUGAGUAGAGGAGGUGCUGCACCAGGUGAGACAAAACCUACUGCAGAAGAUUUGGAUUAA